AUGCCGGUGCGAGCGGUCGAGGCGACGGAGAGGCGACCAGCUGAGGCGGCGCAGAGGCCGGGGGCGGAGAGGGCGCAGCAGACGCCGGAGGCGGAGAGGGCGCAGCAGACGCCGGAGGCGGAGAGGGCGCAGCAGACGCCGGAGGCGGAGAGGGCGCAGCAGUCGCCGGAGGCGGAGAGGACGCAGAGGCCGGGGGCGGAGAGGGCGCAGCAGAGGCCGGAGGCGGAGAGGGCGCAGCAGACGCCGGAGGCGGAGAGGACGCAGAGGCCGGGGGUGGAGAGGGCGCAGCAGAGGCCAGAGGCGGAGAGGGCGCAGAGGCCGGGGGCGGAGAGGGCGCAGAGGCCAGGGGCGCAGAGGCAAGGGGCGGAGAGGGCGCAGAGGCCAGGGGCGGAGAGGGUGCAGCAGACGCCGGAGGCGGAGAGGGCGCAGAGGCCGGGGGUGGAGAGGGCGCAGAGGCCUGGGGCGGAGAGGGCGCAGAGGCCGGGGGCGGAGAGGGCGCAGCAGAGGCCGGAGGCGGAGAGGGCGCAGAGGCCGGGGGCGGAGAGGGCGCCGCGGCAAAGGCCGGGGGUGGAGGGGGCGCCACGGCGGUCCCGAACCCGCAGCCCCGCGGCGCGCAGCGCGGCCCUGCAGGCGGAGAGGCAGCGCCUACGCAGGGAGGUCGUCACCCGCUGCUGGGAGCGCUGGAUAGACUCCGCCUUACAGGGCGCCGAAAACUGCGAGCAGCUGAUCCUCGGCUGGCUCGCGGAGUACGAAGACUUCGAGGGCUUCUUCAUGCGGAACCUCGCGCCCCAGGACAGCUCCGGCUCGCCCCCACGCCAGACCUGA